CGCCACUAAUUCGUGACAGGCGUAGUGAACAUUUUCGGCUUUUCCUUUUCAAGAGCCGUCAAAGCAGAUUGGGGGGAAGAGGCCGAUAAGGUAAAGUAUCUUUCUCACAACAAAUCUCCUCACAAUCAUCAUCACAAUCUCAUCUUCUUCCUCCUCCUUCAAUGUUAGAUGGUCGCACGUAUUUGAUAUAGCAUCUGGGCCGACAUUGGCUAUCCUCUCAGAAGCAUUGCCACAAAGAGCGGCACCACAAAGGAAAUACAAUCUUACAUAAAACCCUUCCCAUCAUGGUUCGAGGUAGACGACAAAAUCCAGAUGCGCCGCCAUCACGGCAAUUAGAGAUAUCUAGAGCAUUUCGAAAGAGAAAAGCAAACGAUUUACAGAUCUUACAAGAUCGCGCUGAUAGGUUGGAACGAGAAAAUGUUGAUCUAAGGCGGGAAAAUGAAAGAAUGCGCAUACUUUUAAAGAGACCAUCAUCGUCUUACAGCACGCUUGGACAUAUUGAUCAUUCAAACAAUCAAAGGCAUGUCAAUGACGAAAAUACCUACAACGGCUUCCAUCAUGGAGCACAUGAUCGUACAAAUUCCAUGCCUUCAACCAUGUCUAGACGUGGCGAAGAACUUAUUCAAAAUAUUCAAAAUCAUUGGUCAUUCAACACAGGCUUCGAUCAACUUUCGCAUACGCCAAGCUCGUCCUACAAUUAUCCCAUCCAGACUGCUUCUUCGGACGGAAACAUGAAUGAAGCUCAAAUCAAUCAUCAAAAUGAUCAAAGCAUUGGUAGUAACUUAUCCAAUCGACACGAUUCAUCUAUCCUUCAGGUUUCGACAGGAUCGAAUGGCUUGAACUCUGGCACUUCUGCAGUUUCACAAGCGUCUGAGCAAUCGUUGCAAUCACCUCAGUCCUCAACUGCACAAUCAUUCCAAGUAAUGGAUCUGCGUCCGGAAUCGCAAAUGCGAAUGUUAGAAAGCUUUCAACAUGUUAAUGAUGAUGCUGAAGAAUCUGAACAACAUAUCACGGAUCAGGACCAUCAUCAACAAGACCAGCAUCGUGGAAGUUCAGCAUUCAACCAAAAUGCCUAUAAUGAAUCUCAGCAACAUGAAUUACCAAUCCAUCCACAAGAUCACGAAUCAGCACAACGGUUAUGGGAACUUGCCGUUCGUGCAAACGGCGGCGAUACGGAUAGAUGUUGUGCCGGCUUAUUCAAUUGCGAUGAUCAAGGAAGAAUAAAAGUCGAAACUCCUCCACACGUUGCUUAUCCAGCAUAGAUUUGCUGAUUUCUUUUCUUUCUCUACUGUAUUCUCAUCUUUUUGUUUUGCUUCUGCAAUG